CCGCACUGCCAGAUCCUGCUUCUCCCAGCAAAGCCGCAGUUAAAGUUUUCUCAAAGAACGGGGGACGUUUUUGUUUUGUUUUUCUCUUUGUGCACUGGUUGAAUACGAGGACGUGGAGGUUCAGAUGUACCAGCUCUCCAGGCUGCUGCAUGACUACCACCGAGAGCUGUACAAUCACUUCGAGGAGCACGAGAUCUGCCCCAGCCUCUACGCCGCGCCGUGGUUCCUCACCCUCUUCGCCUCACAGUUCCCCCUCGGCUUUGUGUCCCGCAUCUUCGAUUUUGUGUUUGCCCAGGGGACUGAAGUGAUCUUUAAAGUGGCCCUCUGUCUGCUGAGCAGCCAUGAGGGGGAGAUAGUGGAAUGCGACGGCUUUGAAAGCAUCGUGGACUAUCUGAAAACUACACUUCCCAACCUCACUCAGACGCAGAUGGAGCAGACCAUUGCAAAGGUAAUGGAGAUGGACAUCUCCAAGCAGCUUCAUACAUACGAGGUGGAGUACCACGUCCUUCAGGAUGAGAUGAUCGAGGCCGGACCGCUGCCCGACGACUCUGACCGGCUCGACAAACUGGAAAAGACGAACACUCAGCUGAAGAAACAGAACAUGGACCUUCUAGAAAAACUUCAGGCUGCGCGGCAGAAGAUCCAGACGCUUGAGACCAGCGUGGAGAACUUCCUUUCUCGGGAGAGCAAAAUGAAGCACACGAUUCGCUCUCUGGAGCAGGAGAGGGCAGCUCACCAGAAGACCAUAGAACGCAUGCGCUCGUGCCUUCCCCCCGACGCCCUGACAGAUGUGGAGAUGACCCAGAUCAAAACAGGACCCAACGGGAAAGCCAAAACUGCAGCCAAGAAGCCCUGAUGGCAACCAGGGGGCUGGCUGGCUGCUCUGGGCAGACGCUCAGAAAACAAAAACUGAAGUGAACAAACGGAGACUGCUUAAGUGGAGGGCUGCUCAGCUCCUCUGCUCUUGUUGUGCUGCUGUUGCUGCCGAACAAGAGCAGUGGUGGUGGCGGCGUCUUGUAAAUGUGCGAUGGCUGAUCCGAGAAGCGCAGCCUGUAUGGAAAAAUAUAUAGGUGUUGUUCGUCAGCAGAUAAUAAGAGUGGUGGGAGGAUGGUUUCAGUCACAUUAGCGAACAGACUGUUCCACCAGGGCUGCUGUUCAUCUUUUUCACUGCCAGUUUGGAGGUGAGAUGCACAACAUCCCUCCCUAUUCACAUCUCUUGGUAAUCACGGGGACAUUUUCUAAGUGAUUGACACAAGUGAGCAAUGUGUCUGCCUCUGCAAAUCUUUUUGUCACUACUGCCUUCAUGUAUUUACUACCAGUAGCAACACAAAGCAGGGAACAGAAGGUGCCUGCUGUCAAACAAUCCUUUGGACCUCAGGUUCAACGUAUAGCCAAUAACAGUGUGUGUGUGUUUGUGUGAGUGUGUGUGAUGGAAACUCUGCCUCAGGCUAAUCACAUGACUUUGUUAUAACCUUUUUAUUCACUUGAAAUAUUUGUGAAUGUAAUUCCCCUCCAAAGAUCAUUGUGAAUAUAUUCUAUUCUGCUUUUCUCCACAGAGGCACCUGGGCACACGUCUUCCAUAUUUCUUUUUUAAAACUUCAGCCGCAGUAUCUCACAGCUCAUUUCUCAGCACCGCACCGUCACGAGAGAUUCAAGUCUUUAGUACUUGCACUUGCUGCUUUUUAAGGAGGAAGUGUUUCUUCCGAAGCCUAGGCAGGAUGUGAUGUCGCCUGUCUUCUCAGUUUCCUGUGUGACUGACCGUGGUGUCGCCUCGUUGCAGAACCACAGAGGCAAGAGUUCACACUCCCCCAGGAGGCGCUGAUAAACAGACGAAGGUUGAGGGGCCGUCUGAAUGUAGCUUACAUCACAUGCUCCAGUUCUGAAAAUCUUUAUGACUUUUUGUUUCUGUCGGCCCGAGAUUUGACAGAACGUCUCCUGCUGAAUGUGGGACGACGAGCAGCUAGAGUUGCCUGGCUCGAGAUUUGAACCCAGCGCAUAUCAGCAGUUGCAUUGAUUUCUGUCACAUGUACAAAACUUGCAGUAAAACUCAAGGAUUUUACUUGAGAAGUGAGACUGCAAGAAUGUAAAGACAUUUCAGUUUCCUGCAGAGAUACAAAACACGAGCAGUGAACUGGCUGAGUGAACGAGCAGACAGUUUAUAUUAAUAUAAAGAGUGUCCCUGGCUCUCUCCUCAGUUUUGUUUUAUCCCACCUCUGUGUCUGACUCACCAUUACCAGGUCUUGAUUGAAAGCAAAACAGGCCCAUGCUUUCAAAAAAAAAACCCCGGACAUUAAAACCAAGGUGAUGUCUGUCAAGUAAAAAAAAUUACUUUCUCACGUCUGUCAGACUUCCUGUCCUUGGUGACGAGUUGUGGUGACACAUUUAUGUCUAAAACUUUUAUUCUCUGCCGUGCAAUGCAACAUGUUUGUGUUCAGCAGUCAUCGCGUGUUUUUUUGCAUAUAUACCCACAGCAGUUGUCUGCUCUCUGCAAAGAUACGCGAGCUAAUUGACUCUUAAGUUUGAUAGGUUGAUAAAUGCGGCCUGACGUUCCCCGUCAGGCGUGAAAGGCUCUUGUGGUAAUUGAGGUGACGCUGUAAAAACUUGGCACCAAACUUCUCAUAAAUAAUAGAGAAACGGUGGCCUCCGAACAGCAGGGAUCCUCUCAACGCUUCAGGAAGUGAAACAUAUCAAACGACUCGUUUUGAAAUCAGUUGAAGGAUACGUGGGACACACGCCUGCUGACAGCUUUCCUACCUUCCUUCUGCUCACUUAAAGUAUUUGUUCAUCACAGAAAUUAACCAUUGAACCAAAGAUGUGGUUGUUGUUUUUUUCGAAAGUGAACGGAUGAAUGAAAAAUGAAAAAACAUGCCGUGAUGUGUUGUAUGUUGAAUGCGAUAACCCCUUCGUCACUACACCUGUUCAGCCUUCUUUAGGUUUUUAAGGCAAAAGCUUGAAAGAAAAUACCAAAUAUUGGUAGUAAAAACUUGACACUAAAAAAAUCUACUUGUAUAAUCAUUAUUACAUGAUGUUUUCUUCUUCUUCAGCCUAUUCAGUAGUGCCAAAACUGAAUGUUGGCCUUUCUUCUCCAUCGAGCGGAGACAGGAUGUCAUUUUGACGAUUUCUGAUGUAAAGCACUUGGUUGUAGUCAGUGAAGGGUCUUUAUUUUAGAUCAGGUGCUCCGAGUCCCGACUACUAAACAGUGCUUAUAUCACUGUGUUUUCAGACUGUCAUCACCAGGGCUACACACAGGAAGUGUCAUGAAUACUUCAAUAAACCUCACCUUGCCUUGU